UUUACUAGCAGACUAGAACGUAAAUAUACUGAAUUACUCUGCAUUUAUGUAUCCUUUCCAGGGAAAGAAGCCAAAGAGGCAAGCCCACCUAGGCAUGAAAAUGAGACCAACCAGCCAACAAUACCUCAAAAGAGAAAGAGAAACUCUACGUGGUGGCUCCUAAUGGCCAUCUAUUCAUUUCUUCUUCUUGCUGGCCAGUCAGUGGCCGUUCUCUUGGGAAGAUUAUAUUUCGAAAAGGGUGGGAAUAGUAGCUGGAUGGGAGCACUUGUGCAGCCUGCUGGAUUUCCCAUUCUCCUUCCCUUUUACUUGUCACAACCAAAAAGUCCUUCCACAAGCAACUUCGAAACAAACUUGCCUUCUAAUUUAGUCCUUGCUUCAAUUUAUAUUUCAAGUGGCUUAUUUCUAGCCAUAGUUAGUAUAUUGCAUUCACUUGGUCUCAAAUACCUUCCAGUGUCUACUUAUUCUCUUGUUUGUGCAUCCCAAUUGGGCUUCAAUGCUUUGUUCUCUUUCUUCCUCAACUCCCUUAAGCUCACUCCUUUCAUAAUCAAUUCUUUAGUACUUCUCACCAUCUCCUCCAUCCUCCUGGUAUUCCAAGACGACUCCGCAGAAUCUAAACAAGUCUACAGAAGAAAGUACGCACUCGGAUUUAUAUGCACUGUUGGUGCUUCUGCUGGAUAUGGAUUGCUGCUUUCUUUAACCCAAUUUGCCUUUAAGAAGGUUCUAAAGCAGGAAACCUUCAGGGUGGUUUUGGAUAUGACAAUCUAUCCAUCACUAGCUUGUACCAUUGCUGUCCUAGUGGGACUUUUUGCUAGCGGGGAAUGGAAGGGUUUAGGGAAAGAGAUGGAAGGUUUUAAACUUGGAGAAGUAUCCUACUGCAUGACUUUAAUUUGGACAGCAAUAUCCUGGCAGCUUUUCUCUAUUGGUUGUGUAGGACUGAUUUUCGAGGUGUCCUCAGUCUUCUCCAAUGUCAUCAGUACUUUUGGUUUGCCUGUAGUUCCUGUUCUGGCCGUUCUCUGUUUUGGUGACAAAAUGGAUGUUAUCAAGGCUAUUGCCAUGGUGUUGGCUAUAUGGGGCUUUCUUUCAUAUGUCUAUCAGCACUAUCUUGAUGACUGCAAGCUCAAGAAACAAAAUAGCAAUGCCGCCGCUACUGAAAUCUUAAUCACUGGAUGAGGAUUUCCAUGCACUCUUAUGUUUCAUAUACAGUGAAGGAAAUUCCUACUUCUCAGAUUGAAGGGGUUCAUAAAUAAUUGGAAGAAUUGAAUUUUUUUUAAUGAUAAUCCUCCAAGAGUGAUUGUCAAUUCAUAAUUGAAUUUACACUCCUUGUAUGCCGUUUCUUCUAUCAAUAAGGAGUGAAGAUCACUUCAGCCCUCGCACUAUAAUUUAUUUA